AGUACCCAUUAACCUUUUUUUGGCUGUUUGUAAUCAUUGUGUAUAUCAUGAUAGAUAUAGUGGAAGUAUCGUUAACAUAUAUUGUAUGUAAUAGUGAAAAGACGUGUGUUUACUUUGAACUCUACUUAAUGAAUAAAAUUAAAGAAAAACCUACCCGAAGACGAAGUCGUACUGUAAGUUGGGAUCACUCAGUUGGUAUAGAAAAUGAGUUAUUCACGAGAUCUUUAUCAGAUAGGAGUUCUCAAUUAUCACAGGAACCACCUUCAUCAUCUGGUUUACGUGAUUUAUUAACUAAUGAUAUUUUUGAAGACAACAUGAGUAUUAGUAGAGGUCAUUCCAUUGAAAAGGUCAGAUUUUCAACUAGCCGAACUCAUUCAGAUGAAAACGAAGAAGAUUACACGACUAGUUUUAAUGCAAUUCUACAUAAAAGACUCAAUUCUCGAAAAUGUAGAUAUCCUAAACAACGACGUUCAUCUUCACCUAUAUCGCCAAUGUUACCAGAUGAUGUCAGUUUACUAUCUGACCGUAGACGAUCAUCAGCUUUUACAACCAGUUCUGGAGAUACAGCUAUCAUAAUAGAGGAAACUAAUAUUUCACAAGAGCAAAUAUUCGAAAAUAUUAGCUUGCAUAAAGAAGUUUUAAUCAGUGUUAGACAACAACCAUGGUCAAUUAGACGAAAAAUCAAAAUGGUACAGCAAGCAAAAGAAUACGUUAAAAAACAUGAAGGUCAGCUACAAGAACGUUUGGCAAUGAGUAAGAGUACACGAGAUAUGUUGGCUAGAUUUCAUAUUCUUAUUGUGAAACAAUGGCAACACAGCAAGCGAGAAAUGUCAAACUUUAUUAGUAUUCUUAUUCCUUGGGAACUUACCAUCAAAGAAAUAGAAUCACAAUUUGGGACUGUGGUUGCUUCUUAUUUCACAUUUCUUCGGUGGUUAUUCUGGGUAAAUUUUGUAAUAUCUGUUUUUUUAGCGGCUUUUGUAAUUAUACCCGAAGUUCUAACAACCAAUGCUGAUAAUACUGGAGAAAGGAAAACAUUAUUACCUGAAGAAGAUAUUAAGUCUAUAGAAUUAUCAACACUUAUUAAUGUUGAAGGAGUGUUUUUACAAUCACCUUUAUUUUACGGGUAUUAUUCAAAUAGACAGAAUUUGGACAUUGGUUACCAACUGCCUACAGCUUACUUUAUUGUUGGUCUAGUGGUGUAUAUAUAUAGCUUUGUUGCAACAUUAAGGAAAAUGGCAGCAAACUCAAGACUAAGUAAAUUAUCAGAAAAAGAUGACGAAUGUGUUUUUUCGUGGAAACUAUUCACUGGUUGGGACUAUAUGAUCGGAAAUGAAGAAACAGCGCUUAAUCGUAUAUCUUCUAUUAUACUAGGAUUUAAAGAAGCAUUGCUUGAAGAGGCUGAACGUAUGAAAGACAACCGAAAUUGGAAGGUGAUGGCAUUAAGAGUAUUUGCUAAUCUAAAUAUGAUAUGGAUGCUUGGAAGUUCAUCAUACGCUGUUAUGUGGGCUGUGGCAAGAUCUAUGGAACCAGAUGCUGAGUCGACAUUAUGGAGAAAAAAUGAAAUCACAGUUGUCACGAAUUUAAUUAGCAAUGUUUUUCCGAUGGCAUUUGAAGGUUUAGGUGUUUUAGAGAAUUAUCAUCCAAGAACAACACUUCGAUUACAACUAGCUAGAAUUAUGGCAUUAUAUUUGUUAAAUUUGUAUACACUUACAAUAGCGCUGUUUGGGAAAAUUGAUAAAAUGACCAAAGACUUACUGAAAUUAAAACCUAAUGUCACUGACAUAACAAGUUCAAUGACGAUUUUGACUAAGAUGUCUAAUUCAUCAUUAUUAAUUCCAUUAUCACUGUUGAAUCCUGCAACAUUAAAUACCGCAUCUUCGAUAAAUGGAGCGUCUAAUUCUAUGAUCUGCAAUAGAAUAAUAAUAGAAUGUCCAUUUUCAUUGACUACAACCCACAGUUUCAAUAAUCAUACUAAUUUAGUUGACUUAAAAAGUUCAUUCAACACGACUUCCAGUACAACAGUUAUUAUUGAGCCUAUUGAUUCCUCUAUUAACCCGAUUAAGUAUGUUCAAAUUAAAAAUUAUACCAGCAAUUCUUUAACCACGAUUGCGCAUGAGGUCAAUAAAGUUACUACUAAUCUAUCAAAAAGCUUUAACUUUACUCAAAGUCCAAUAACAACAGAAGAAUCAUUUUACGAAACAAUAAAUGAAAUUAAUAUCACUGCUAAUAUAUACUAUUCUUCUUCUACCGAAGACACUGGUAUAGCUGAAACAGAUAAUUUAUUCAAGAAUGAACCUUUUGAAAAUACAACUACUUUGGAUUAUACUUCUACCUGGGAAUCUGAUGAUUACAAAGAGACUGAUAUUGUAGUAGAUAUGUACAAUGAACAAUAUGAUGAAAAUAUUGAAAACAAUACACAAAUAUUAAAUAGAAAAAAAAGGACCUCAACUGUUUUGUUUAAUGGCACUCAUUGUUUCCAGGAUAAUUGCCAAAUUUCUCCUCAUUUUACUGAGUCAUUUUCCAAUCAAAAUGAUCUUUUUGAAAAAAACAAUAAUUCAUUUUAUACAUCUAAAAUAGAAAAUGAAGAUGCACCUCGCGAAGAUCUUUCAUUGCAAGCAACAUGCUUUGACUUGACAACCCGACGAAAUUUGCGAAAACUUUGCUGGGAAACUAUGUUUGGUCAAGAGCUUGUUAAACUGACCGUUUUAGAUCUUGUCUCGACGAUAUUUACAACUAUAUUUGUAGACUUCAUGAGAGCAGUAUUUGUACGAUAUAUGAAUAGAUGUUGGUGCUGGAAUUUAGAGAAGAGGUUUCCACAGUAUGGAGAGUUUAAAAUAGCUGAAAAUAUUCUUCAUCUAGUCAAUAAUCAAGGCAUGGUCUGGAUGGGCAUGUUUUUUUCUCCUGGGCUACCUAUUAUUAAUGUGAUUAAGUUAAUGAUUAUGAUGUAUGUUCGAUCAUGGGCAGUUCUCACUUGUAAUAUUCCUCAUGAUGUCGUAUUUCGUGCUAGCCGCAGUAAUAAUUUUUAUCUUGGUUUGUUACUCACUAUGCUUUUUUUGUGUGUUUUGCCUGUCAGUUACGCUAUUGUGUGGAUAGAGCCAUCUUGGCACUGUGGUCCUUUUUCACAAUACAAAAAAAUUUACCACAUAUUUACCAACACUAUAAAGAAGGCUGUACAGAAACCCACGAUGCAUCUUGUAUUCGACUACAUCGCAUCUCCUGCGUUAGUCAUACCUAUGUUAUUACUUCUCAUUCUCAUAAUUUACUAUUUGGCUUCGUUGACGUCAUCACUAAGAGAAGCCAACAAUGAUUUGAAGUUACAAUUAAGACGAGAGCGAACAGAAGAAAGACGAAAAAUGUACCAAUUAGUAACUAGUAAGAAACUAGGAGAAAAUGAUUUCAAUAACAUGGAUUUAGCUUUAACAAAAUGGAGACAAAUAAUACCGGAUACUAAACGGUCGUUAGCUAAAGGAAUAAAAGAAAAAAUAGGAACUCAUAAUGAUAUAACAACAUUGGAUAAAGUACGUGAAAAAAUAGUUAAAGUAGAAGCAAAUUACCAAAGUAUUAAAAUUAACGAAAAUGAAGAUAGUAAUUUUCGUAAAGCGAAUACUCAUCAUCGACAACAUUUUCGUCAUAAGAACUAUGCACGUCAAAAUCAAAAUCUAAUAAAUGAAGAUUCUAAGAACUCUAAAAUAAUUAAUAAAUGGAAUAAACCUCAUGUGAAUUCUAAAUUUUCAGCAAGUGAUUCUGAUUCAACAGAUUAUUCAGAAUCAGUUCCCGAAAUUAGAGUAAAGACUGCUAGUAUGGAUGAAUUAGUUACAAUUACUGAAAGCACGUUGCCCACAACUUUACGGAAAAAUAUGGAUGUUUUAUUUGUUCCUUCUUCUCCUCCUCCAGCUGGUGAUUCCGGUGGUAUUAUUACGGUAAUAUAUGAUAAGCAAAAUGUGGUGGAACCUAUCACAGAAAUAAAUAAAAAUAACUCUCAUUUUCCUAAUAAAAUAAAUAUUAAACAAAAUGCUAAAUUGAAAAUAGCCGACAUUUUGUAUAAAGAAGCAAAAAGGAGAAUGCAAAACUAUUCCAAAGAAUCGAAAAGUGAACCAUAAUAAUAAUAUCAAAAUUGGCUAUAGUAUUAUGUUAGAUGUUUUUUAUUUUAUUUGUUUGCAUUAUAUCCUGUUGAAUAUUUCAAAUUAAUCACAUUUUCAUUUGUUUUAUGAAAUGCAUAAUAUUUGUUUACUUAAAACAUAAUGGAGAAAACAGAAUCAUUAAUGAGUCAGUUAAUGUUUGAGAUUUAGUAUCUAAGCCAAGACACUAAAUUUCAAUUGGAAUAUAAACCAUUUUUAUAAAAUAUUUUUUUAUUUAAUUUUCAAAAACACUUUCAAAGUUGUGAUCUGCAUGAACACCUUGUUGAUUAAAAAAGUUGAAUUAUUAAAUUUAUGCAUAAUUUUAUAUAUAUAUUUUAAAAAAUUAAUUAACAUUAUUAUUAUUGUAUUGGAUAGUUCAUUAAUAUAAAAAUACUCGAUAACCCAACCCAAUCUAAUAUUAUCAAUACCACAUUCAUAUUGAGAACCAAAGAAGAUUAUAAGAGUUGUUAACAUAAAAAAAAUAAUUAUUUCCCUUUUUAAUAAAAUAAUGAUAUUUUAGAAACUGUAAAAGUACCUAUUUUAAAUCUAUAUAUAAUAAUAAAUAGAUGUUUGUAGUUAUAUGUUUGUUCAAUAAUUUAAUUUUUCAUUCUUUUAAACUUUUUAAUAAUACAUAAGUUUAAAAUUUAAUAAACGAACAAAAUUAAAUUUUUGUGAUCAAAUUUUCUCAUUUAUGAAAUUAAGUUGGGUGUGAAAUUAAGUUAUAAAAUGUUAUAUUUCAACAAGGCUAGGCUAGUUAACUAUUAUUUAAAUUUAUGUAAUUGAAUUAAAUAGAAGAAAAAAACCUGGGCUAUCGUAGGAGGCCUGUUAGAUGUCAAACAUUAAAACUAUUUUUUAUUGAAAAUAUGAAUGUAAGAAUGUUUCAAUAAAAGAAACAAAUAUAUCAAAUCAAAAAAUAUGAUA